ACGGGAUUCAACUGUUACGUUCCAGCCUGUACGUCAGAUGACGUGGGCAUUUACUUCUCUAAUUACCGACCUGAAAUCUAACUAAUUACAUCGAAUAUCGAUAACCAAGUAUCGUUGAAGGGAAUGCUGUUACAAGCUAAACAAUUCCUUGGGUUUUGGCGAUUGAGCAAAUUAGAUGGUAUAGUCUGGAUGGUGACACUCGUAACAGUAAUAAUAGUUGGUAUAGACUUUGGACUUCUUAUCGGCUUAAUAACGUCAAUAGGAACUAUUUUAUUAUUAAGUAUGAAAUCUUAUACGUGUUUACUUGGUCAGAUUCCAAACACUGAGUUAUAUUUGGACAUUAGUAAAUACAGAGAUGCUACUGAAUUACCAGGAAUCAAAAUAUUUCAUUAUCGUGGAGGUUUAAAUUUCGCCAAUAGAAAUUAUUUUAAAUCAAAAAUUUUCAAGCAUGCCAAUAUAAAUCCACAAAAAGAAUUUAAAUCAAGAAAAAAGGAAGCAAAAAAUAAAUCUCCGUGUCAAAAUGAUUUGAAUCUACAAAAUAACCAAAACUUACGGUGUAUUGUGAUCGACUUCAGUGCAUUAACGUACAUUGAUCCUAGUGGUAUAGCAAUUUUACACGCAGUUUAUGACGAAUUUUCUUCAAUUGGUGUUUUAGUAUGUUUAGCUGGAUGUUCAGGACCAAUUUUUGAAAGUAUAUCUAAGUAUGAUCAAUACGUGUCGGCAAAACCAAAGUUGAUUAUUUUUAUGACAAUUAAUGAUGCAAUAACUUAUGCAUGUGAUAAAUUUAUAUGUAAUGUGUAAUCGUAGGUUUGAUUUGAUUUGAUUUUUUCGAAUAUUCAUUUAAUUUUUCUCUAUGAAAAGAAAUUGAACAAAAUAGUAUAAAAUCUUCAAGUUUACACAUGAAACGCUCAUAAAGUAUAUCAUUAUAUGAUAUAUUAAUAAAACAGUAGAAUGUUAUACAUAUUGGAAUGAGAAUUUUCCCACCUUUUCAUUCGAUUUCAUUGGUUUAUUCUAUAAUCUUAAUUAAAGCGUUUUUUUCCCGCUUUUGACAAUAAAAUAGAAUCAACUUAUGCGAAAUGAAAAAUUACAUUAACGGAAUCUGGUGUAGGUGUGGUAUCUUAACAAAUAAAAAUUAUUACACUGAAA